GAUGCGAGAUGAGGUGAGAGGAAGAGUGCUGAGAGAAGAUGAGAAGGAGCUGGUAGACGCGCCUGAUUGCUCGCGUGGCUAGCGCGUCAUUUUAGUCCGCAUUCGGCGGGAGGCCCUUCCAAAUCCUUUCGAGAUCGCACUUCCAUUUUGCGAUGGGAAUGCGUAGGUGUAUAAGUUUCGGUAUACAAGACGAUGAAAUUUUCCAAAGGGCGAAACAAGUCCGCGCUCACACGACUUUGAUUCGAACCUGACCGCACAAGAUGGAUGUGUGCGCGGGCGCCGACAUGCAGGUGAUCUCGAGGAGCAGCAAUAAAGUCAGAUAAGUUAGCAUGUAUGCUUACGAGAUAUACGCUGUAGCUUACCAUUCUCAAGCUUCAGCUGGAACUUGAGCGAGCUUCCACGCAAUAUGCGGCACAAUAUUGGAAAUGGAUGUAAUUGACGUCAUCGAUACAAGGGCAUAUCAUACUAAGCAAUCUGUAACUAUCAGAAUCAUGUCCGACUCACCAAGUCAAUUACCAUGGCAUUCCAUACCCUCUUCCACCGCAACAUGCAAAAUCCACCUCAUUCAAGCCGGCGGUAUUCACAUCCCCACGGACAUGGUCAUGCUGCCCGGUCCAGACAAGCCGCAAGACCCAAAAGAUUCCAAAGAUGAAAAUGGAAAAAGGAAGGCGUUUUAUGCCCCAGACUACGUGUUCCUCAUCGAGCAUACAGCUACCGGGAACAAGUACAUUUUCGACUUAGGCAUGCGAAAAGAUCUGGAGAACCUUCCGCCUCUUCUCGUCGAAAACACUUUACCAAACUUCAAGUGCGAGCCAAAGUCUCCAGCGGAGAUACUGCAAGAGCAUGGAUCACCUGAUCAGCAGCCUGAGAAAGUCAAGGCUGUUAUCUUCUCGCACAUGCACUUUGAUCAUGUUGGCGAUGGCGCCAAAGCUGGGUUUGAGGAGGCGGAGUUGUGGGUUGGACCGACCUGCUGUACCUAUGCGAGACCUGGUUAUCCGAUUGAUGAGAAAGCUCCUACGCUUAGUGAGACGUUGCCGGUUGAUGGUAGCAGAAAGAUUGUGGAGAGCUAUGUACCAGACGAUGUCUUGAGAGACGCCGGAGAUAAAAGGGCAGGUCAGGUCAUGGAAGGCAUGGUAAAGGGCAAGUAUGCUGCUGUCGAUCUAAAGAAGCCUGAAUGGAUCGGCCUCGGUGCCUUUGAUCGCGCCUACGACGUCUUUGGCGAUGGCUCAGCAUACAUUGUGGAUGCGCCGGGACAUUCUCCGGGUCAUCAAAUGAUGCUAGUACGAACGACAUCGGGCUCGACCGAAAACGAGAAUACAUUUGUAUUGCUGGCUGGUGAUUGUUACCAUCAUCUCGACGUUCUCAAAGAGCCCAAACGCACUGCGCGACCACCGUAUGCGAAGUCGGGCAUGCACGCCGAUCCAGAGCAAGCAGUGGACACAAUGCUGCGCACGAGGGACUUUGCACAGAAAGACAACAUAUGGGUCAUUGGGGCUCAUGAUACCAGUGUAGGCGAUGGCAUCAAACCCGGAGUGAAGGAAAUAGAAGGGCUGGUAGAGAUCAAUGAGUGGUUAGCAAAGGGAUGGAAAAAAGGAAUGUAGAAUACACCGAAGUAUCACGAUGACCAAUUCAUCGUAAGCAAACUAUAGGGUUUACCGUCCAAUGACCAUCGUAUUUGCAAUCAUACACAUGCUCCGACACCAAGCUCUUGGCUCCCGAGACACCCAAAGCUUGACCACCGUUUCCCCUCCCGACCUUGCGUCACACUGUCCGCACCCCACCCAUGACCACCACACCCUGACAAGGGCCAUCCCAACCCCAUCGCUCGGUAUCAAGCGUAGAUCCCGCGGAGUCCGAGCAUUGCCGUUACCCGUGGCGAGGAGCGGUUCAUCUCGCGAUGCGGCACGCAGGGUUUCGGAGUGUUUGAGUGGCUUGGACGCAUGAAUGACAGUGGCGUGAUACUGGUACUUGGGAUCAACGGCUGCCUGAAAUCUGAGGGAGCCAGGCUAAUUAGGCUGAUCCUAACAUUGGCAAGUAUGGACAGGUAGAUUGGCAUGGGACGUUGUGGA